AUGAGCGGCGGUGUACAUCUCAAGCUCAUGCCUCAGUGCGGCAUCUGCGCGGGCAGCUUGCAAGGGGGCGACAUGGCCGUGGCUGUCUAUCGGACAACCAUCAUCACCAUCACAACAACAACCACCCUGGCCCUCGACUCCACCAGCAUGACCGCCACCACCAGCCAUAACGCUGUCUGGGAGUGUUCGCAUCCCUUCAAGCUCUCCCAUCGAGACCUGACGGCUUCUCUUAUCCUCUCCCGCUUCACUCCCGAGACCAACUUCUGCUAUGACCAUCGGGAGUGCUCUGCCUGCGCCACCUCGUCGGAAGCGGUCACGCUGCACCACGACUGCUACGAGAUCCUGACACAAAUGUGUCGCUUAAAGGACGACCAGCUCCUCCUUCGGCGGCUCCUGCAAGUGGCCUCGUGGAGGACUCCCUGGAGAGGAGCCCGGCCGCUGCUCCUCCCGACCAAUGUCGACAAGCCUCGGCUCAAUGCAGUCGCCGGGCAUCUCGGCCUGCAGAAGCUGGCUGCGCUGCCCGUCGAGCUAGCCGACAUAAUUCAUCACCAUUCGGCGGAUUCGUUGCUCUGGCGCGCCAUAUCAGCGUGGCGGCUGGCCGAGCAUCUGGCUGGCAUGAGGAACGAUGAGAGGCAGUCGCAGGUCAUGUGGCUGCGGGAGAUGCUCAGCUGGGAGCGAGGCGGCGAGCUCGUCACGGGCCAGCCGCAGGCUCUUCCUCCCAUCGUGAGGGUCACGAUCGAUUCAGACGGCAUCGCAUGUGUCGAGCGCCUCUCUGGCCAGCCCCCUUACGUGCCAGGAAGUCACAAGCGUCUGGCAUACAUUGUUGCCUCUGUCGACGACGAAAGCCUUCGCAAUGUCCGAGCGGAGCUUGCGCAUGGGCAAUUACGUCUCCACCUGCCUGCCGAUGUGCCUGUUCCCCAUAUAUGGAACACCCCUGCUCCUCCUCUGCUGUCUUCGUGUCGGCUCCACGGCUCUGCCUCCAAUAACUGGUCACGACUGUUUGCCGUCGGGCCCGAAAGCAUGCGUGGUAUAACCUUCUUCUACAGCCGGGGCCGUCUCUGUGACAUCCAUAUCCACUACCCGGAAGGCCCAUCUGCCCAGUCCACAUAUGAGCUGAUGUCUCGCGGGCUCCAGCAAGACGUGUCAUGGCUUUAUCUGCCCAUCUCGAAGGGCGACCGCUUGACUGUCCUGGGAGGCAGCGGUGGCCCCCUCACCUUCAUAUACGGCGAGCCGAAACGGGGCGGCGCGACGCCGCGAGUCCAGUUGGUUGGCACAUACUGCAGAGCCUCGACAUCAUCCACGGAAGGCUUGCCAGACAACUUCCCCCUGGACAAGUUCGAGCCCAGCCCCGUCUCCGACGGCGCCAUCCUUGAAGAAGUGUACUUUUCCUGGGCGCCGUUGGAGGGCGUUGCGUCGACCGUCGUCUUCCGGGACCAGGACACGGGAUACUGCAAGGGCAUUCUGUUCCGCUACCUGAACGGGGGAUCACGGGCCAUUGGGGAGUGCCGGCUACAGGUUGACCCGGUAGAGAUAUUCGACGAGCCCAGCUUGCUGUGCGUCCAGAUUAAGGGUCACCGAGCCCGCUGGAACCGUGCCCAGACGCUCUACAACGUCCGGGUUGCCUUCCAGCAGAGUUCGGAGCACGAGCAUGAGCACCAACGCAAAGCCCUUGUGCUAAGUGAGGCUAAUCAUGACGAGGAAUGGAAAUGCUUUCCUAUGAGGGGAGAUGCAAAGUUUUGGUUUACCGCCGAAUCUUCGUGGCUUAGCGUCGUGACCGAAGAAGAACAAGGAAUGGAGGGACUAGAGUACGAAGGCAUGAUGAUGGAGAUGGCAGCCCUAAUGUAG